AAACCCCGCCCCUGUGUAAACUACAGGGGCGCAAAGGGACAAAAAUAAUAUAGUUCUCCUUCCCGAGAGUGGAGCCCUUGCGUUUCUGGGUGCCUGUUCUCGCGAGAGGUGGAAAGGGCGCAGCGUUUGAAACAUGGCGGACGACGUAGAUCAGCAACAAACUACCAAUACCGUAGAGGAGCCCCUGGAUCUCAUCAGGCUCAGUUUGGAUGAGAGAAUUUAUGUGAAGAUGAGAAACGACCGAGAGCUUCGAGGCAGAUUACAUGCUUAUGACCAGCAUUUAAAUAUGAUCCUGGGAGACGUAGAAGAAACUGUGACGACGAUAGAGAUUGAUGAAGAGACAUAUGAAGAGAUAUAUAAAUCAACAAAACGGAACAUCCCCAUGCUCUUCGUCCGAGGAGAUGGUGUUGUUCUGGUUGCUCCUCCAUUGAGAGUCGGCUGAGACAGAAGAUGGUCCUGUGUAGGAACAUGGAGACUUUGCCUCUUGAGAUGUACAGACCACUCACAGAGAGAAGCCCACGUGCACUCUGAUAGUCAGAAAUGACCCGAGGAUCCCUCUACCCUCCAAGCAGUUCAUUUGCGAGUACCUUACAACCUCUCCAGCUAAAAUGUCAUGUUUCUUUGUCUCCAGCCCUCCCGUCACUGUAACCACCUUGCUCUCUUUGGGGCUGGUUUGCCCGUUGUUCUUGCAGUUACUUUCAUGUUGUUUUUCUUCAAAUUAAAUUUGAUGUCCCUUUUUUAUUUUUAA